AUGAUAAAGGGUCGGUGGCCCAAAAAGAGCGCUGAGUUUUUGCUGCACAUGCUGAAAAAUGCCAAGAGCAAUGCUGAGCUUAAGGGUUUAGAUGUAGACUCUCUGGUCAUUGAGCACAUUCAGGUGAACAAAGCCCCCAAGAUGCGGCGUAGAACCUACAGAGCCCAUGGGCGGAUUAACCCACACGUGAGCUCUCCCUGCCACAUUGAGGUGAUCCUCACUGAAAAGCAGCAGAUUGUUCCCAAACCAGAAGAGGAGGUGGCACAGAAGAAAAAGAUAUCUCAGAAGAAACUGAAGAAACAAAAACUUAUGGCCCGGGAAUAAAUUCAGCAUAAAAUAAAUCUAAAUAAAAGUAAAA